AGCCGGGAUGGCAGCUCAGCGGCUGGGCAAGCGGCUGCUAAGCAAGCUCCAGGCUCCAUCGCGGGCUCGCGGGCCGGGGGGCAGCCCCGGGGGGCUGCAGAAACGGCACGCUCGGGUCACCGUCAAGUACGACCGGCGGGAGCUGCAGCGGCGGCUGGACGUGGAGAAGUGGAUCGACGGGCGCUUGGAGGAGCUGUACCUCGGCAGGGAAGCAGACAUGCCUGACGAGGUCAACAUUGAUGAAUUGUUGGAAUUAGAGACGGAAGAGGAGAGAAGCCGGAAAAUCCAGGGACUCCUGAAGUCCUGCAGGAACCCCACAGAGGACUUCGUCCGGGAGCUGCUGGGGAAGCUGCGUGGCCUCCACAAGCAGCCUGGCCUCCGCCGGCCCAGCCCCUCGGACGACUCGGACGGCGGCAGCCUGAGCCCCCGCCAGGACCGGGCCCGGACCGCGCCCCCCUGA